GUGGCGGGUCCCUGCCGCGGGGCUGGCGGGCUGAAGGGAAGAAAGAUGGCGGCAGCGGCGGCGGCUGGUGCGGCCUCCGGGCUGCCGGGUCCGGUGGCACAAGGUCUGAAGGAGGCGUUGGUGGAUACGCUCACCGGGAUCCUAUCCCCAGUGCAAGAGGUGCGAGCGGCUGCGGAGGAACAGAUUAAGGUGCUCGAGGUGACAGAGGAAUUUGGUGUUCACCUGGCAGAGCUGACUGUGGAUCCCCAGGGAGCACUGGCAAUCCGUCAGCUGGCAUCAGUCAUUUUGAAGCAAUAUGUGGAAACUCACUGGUGUGCCCAGUCAGAGAAGUUUAGGCCUCCUGAAACUACAGAAAGGGCAAAAAUUGUUAUCCGGGAGCUAUUGCCCAAUGGGUUGAGAGAAUCAAUAAGUAAGGUGCGCUCCAGUGUGGCCUAUGCAGUGUCAGCCAUUGCCCACUGGGACUGGCCUGAAGCUUGGCCCCAGCUCUUCAACCUGCUCAUGGAGAUGUUGGUGAGCGGAGAUUUAAAUGCAGUCCAUGGAGCCAUGCGAGUGCUGACAGAAUUCACUCGAGAAGUAACAGACACACAGAUGCCACUUGUUGCUCCUGUCAUCCUCCCAGAGAUGUAUAAGAUCUUCACUAUGGCCGAGGUGUAUGGUAUUCGAACCCGUUCCCGAGCUGUGGAGAUUUUCACCACUUGUGCCCAUAUGAUCUGUAACAUGGAGGAAUUGGAAAAGGGUGCAGCCAAAGUUCUGAUCUUUCCUGUGGUGCAGCAAUUCACAGAGGCCUUUGUUCAGGCCCUCCAGAUACCAGAUGGCCCCACAUCUGACAGUGGGUUUAAGAUGGAAGUCCUAAAGGCAGUGACAGCCCUGGUAAAAAACUUCCCAAAGCACAUGGUGUCCUCCAUGCAACAGAUUCUGCCUAUUGUCUGGAACACCCUAACUGAGAGUGCAGCUUUUUAUGUGAGGACAGAAGUAAAUUACACAGAAGAAGUAGAAGAUCCUGUGGAUUCUGAUGGUGAAGUCCUGGGCUUUGAAAAUCUCGUCUUUAGCAUUUUUGAGUUUGUCCAUGCCCUCCUAGAAAAUAGCAAAUUCAAAAGCACUGUUAAGAAAGCCUUGCCUGAGUUGAUUUACUAUAUAAUCCUGUACAUGCAAAUCACUGAGGAACAGAUUAAAGUAUGGACAGCCAACCCACAGCAGUUUGUAGAAGAUGAAGAUGAUGAUACUUUCUCCUAUACUGUUAGGAUUGCAGCUCAAGACCUAUUGCUUGCUGUGGCCACUGAUUUCCAGAAUGAGAGUGCAGCGGCCCUGGCUGCUGCAGCCACUCGGCAUUUACAAGAAGCUGAGCAAACCAAAAACAGUGGCACCGAACACUGGUGGAAGAUACAUGAGGCAUGUAUGCUUGCCCUUGGCUCAGUGAAGUCCAUCAUCACAGACAGUGUGAAGAAUGGCAGGAUUCAUUUUGACAUGCAUGGGUUCCUGACCAAUGUCAUCCUUGCAGACCUCAACCUCUCAGUGUCUCCUUUUCUCUUGGGCCGGGCACUUUGGGCUGCCAGUCGGUUCACUGUUGCUAUGUCCCCUGAAUUGAUCCAGCAGUUUCUACAGGCAACAGUUAGUGGUCUUCAUGAGACACAACCUCCAUCAGUUCGAAUUUCUGCUGUGAGAGCCAUCUGGGGUUAUUGUGAUCAACUGAAAGUCUCGGAGAGUACCCACGUGCUUCAGCCCUUCCUCCCGAGUAUCCUGGAUGGCUUAAUUCACCUAGCAGCCCAGUUCAGCUCAGAGGUCCUCAACCUGGUGAUGGAGACCCUAUGCAUCGUUUGUACAGUAGACCCAGAAUUCACAGCAAGCAUGGAAAGCAAAAUCUGCCCAUUCACCAUCGCUAUUUUCCUAAAGUACAGUAACGAUCCUGUCGUCGCCUCGCUGGCUCAGGAUAUCUUCAAGGAGCUGUCUCAGAUUGAAGCCUGUCAGGGCCCAAUGCAGAUGAGGCUGAUUCCCACUCUAGUGAGCAUAAUGCAGGCCCCAGCGGACAAGAUCCCUGCAGGGCUGUGUGCGACCGCCAUUGAUAUCCUGACCACAGUAGUACGGAAUACAAAGCCUCCCCUUUCCCAGCUACUCAUCUGCCAAGCUUUCCCUGCUGUGGCACAGUGCACCCUUCACACAGAUGACAACGCCACUAUGCAGAAUGGUGGAGAGUGCUUGCGGGCUUAUGUGUCAGUGACGCUGGAGCAGGUGGCCCAGUGGCAUGACGAGCAGGGCCACAAUGGGCUGUGGUACGUGAUGCAAGUGGUGAGCCAGCUCCUGGACCCCCGCACCUCAGAGUUCACUGCUGCCUUUGUGGGUCGCCUCGUCUCCACCCUCAUCUCUAAGGCAGGGCGGGAGCUGGGGGAGAAUCUGGACCAGAUUCUUCGUGCCAUCCUCAGUAAGAUGCAGCAGGCAGAGACGCUCAGUGUCAUGCAGUCCCUGAUCAUGGUGUUCGCUCAUCUGGUGCACACGCAGCUGGAACCCCUCCUGGAGUUCCUGUGCAGCCUCCCAGGACCUACUGGCAAACCUGCCCUGGAGUUUGUGAUGGCCGAGUGGACGAGUCGACAGCAUCUGUUCUAUGGACAAUAUGAGGGCAAAGUCAGCUCUGUGGCACUGUGUAAACUGCUCCAGCAUGGCAUCAAUGCAGAUGACAAACGGCUACAGGAUAUCCGCGUGAAGGGAGAGGAGAUCUACAGCAUGGACGAGGGCAUCCGCACCCGCUCGAAGUCAGCCAAAAACCCUGAGCGCUGGACAAACAUUCCUUUACUGGUCAAGAUCUUGAAGCUGAUCAUCAAUGAGCUGUCCAAUGUCAUGGAGGCCAACGCCGCACGCCAGGCCACUCCUGCAGAGUGGGGCCAAGAUGAAUCCAAUGAUAUGUGGGAGGACCAGGAGGAGGACGAGGAGGAGGAAGAGGACGGUUUAGCUGGCCAACUCUUAUCUGACAUCCUCGCUACAAGUAAAUAUGAGGAGGAUUACUACGAAGAUGACGAGGAAGAUGAUCCUGAUGCCCUGAAGGAUCCUCUCUAUCAGAUUGACCUGCAGGCCUAUCUCACAGACUUCCUCUGCCAGUUCGCUCAGCAGCCCUGCUACGUAAUGUUCUCAGGCCACCUUAAUGACAACGAGAGGCGGGUUCUUCAGACCAUUGGCAUCUAAAAAAGGGAGACUUUCCAAAUCUGCUCCUCCUGGUCCAGCCACAGACCAUUUUUGCAGCCCUUAACUGGCCUUGAGCUGUACUUUCUUUUCAACCUAGAGUGGCCUCCUGACUUGGCCCUUGGCCUUUGCAGAGUGACACUGACAAUUCAGACCAAGGUCACCAGUGCUGUCACUUAGGAAUACUGGAACAAAGGACAUUUCUCAAAAGUCCCUCUGAAGAUACUCCAUCUCUAGGACCUUUUUCUCCCCAACUGUGCCCCCACCUCUGUUCCUAAAGUCCUCUGCUGGCCACUCCAGAAACAUAUUGCCCAGAAGGAUUAUGUGUUCAUGGAUUAUUUUGCCCCACCGAAGGAGCACAGGAAGUCACAACCAUUUACCUUCUAAAACAGACCUGUGUACUUUUAUAGGACAUCUGAUGUGUUCAGAUAGGAAUACCCUUGAGAGAUGAUAAUGCUUUCUGCUCUUCGCCACAGAUGCUCUGGGUUUUCCAUAGGAACGAGAGGGAGCAGCCACAUUUUGGACCCCUCCCCCCCUCCCUCCAGUGACCUCUCCUUGUCUCCCUCCUACAACACUAAGGCUCCUCUGUCACAGGAAGUCCUUUUAUUUUUGCCUCGUUGCAUGACAUAGCCCCUCCCCCCAAGCUAUUCCUGUGUUUACAUGCACACACAAAAUCAGCCAGACAGAUGGCAAUUUGUUUUUCCUUUUUUAGAAAAAAAAAAUGGGAAAAACAUUUUUUUUAAAGUCCACCUAACCCAACUAUAUUUAAUAUUCCUUUCCCACAUAUCACCACACAGUCUGAUAUUCAAAGGUUACCCCCUCUCCCUCAGGAAUCCUCUAAAGUGGUUAAGUUGUAGCCCUCAAAUUUGCAAUGUGUAUUUUUCUAGGAGAGUAAAGUAAUCUUUACAAAUGAAUUUAGUCUGCAUGGUAUAAGGUGUCCCAGCACCUCUGCCUUCUGUUCCUUUUAGAAGGAAAAUAAAAAUAAGGGGGAAAGGAUUAGGCAGAGCCAUGUACACACCCUAGUGUGUUUUAGCUAACCUAGCCCAAAAUGAUUCUUAAAGAACUGGUAUUAUCCAAUCAAAUAUUUUUAAGGAAAGUCCCUUAAUUGGGAAAUGCAGUCAUUGUGGGUUUAAAAAGUGAGUGAGGAUAACCAGUCAAGGGGAGGAAGGUAAAAACCCAGCAUUCCCUUUUUUUAUAGUGCCCAUGCCUAUUGCCCCAAUUUCAGCAGCUACAGAAGAUUUCUUUAGAUUGAUGGUCAAGUCUCUAUUCUCAAGAAAAGGGCUCCACUUGUGGGGCAUUUACCGUACAGGACUGUUCAGGAAGCCUAAGGAUUUUGUAGCUAAUAGUGAUUUCACACCACUAGGUGUCCCUGGUGUACAACUCCCACAUCCGACUGAGUUGGGAAAAGUGUCUGUUAAAGUCACUAUCUUUAUAAAGUCUGAGGGCGUGUGCACAGCCUGGUCUACCAGCCAGGUUCUGAGACUAAUAACUGCCCCUGCUAUUUCUCUCCCUUGAGUUGGGGGAGCCACUCAUACUGGGGAAAUGAUGGAAGUCUGGCUAAUUGGUGCUCAGGAAAACCAGUCUGAGCCUUAGAAACUCACUUCAUGGUUAUUGAUCUCAAGGCAGUGCCAGUUGGUUUCAGUGCUGAAGGUUCCACAGGGCCAAAUCAACCCCUGGUUGUGGCACAAAAGAAUGGUCUCAUGCCAGUGGCAUUGGACUGCUGAGUUUGGGAAGGCUUGGGGCUUUCACACAGACUGAGAAUGAUAUGGACCCCUCCUGGGUCCACUAAUUACAAAAAAAGUCUAUCUCGUGCCAAAAAUGGUCUCCUGACAAGGGUCGUCCUCUCUUCCUGCUCUCUCGCUGGUUUAGGGGGACGGACUAGAAAACUUGAGUUCUAAAGGCAGGGGUCAGAGGAUCACCUGAGGGGCCACCCCUGCCCAAUAGACAUACUGUUGUCCAUAAGAGCAGAGGGUCUUGGACCCUUUGUGUGCAGGCACUUCCUGUGCUCCCAGAGCAUUUCAAUCAUCCCAUUUAACCUUUAUAUAGCAGGUACACAGUAGAUGGUAUUCCCAUUCUAUCAGUGAAGAAGAGAGUUCAGAGACUACAUCCAACGUCUGCAGGAAGAAAAAAAGAUCUGCUUGAGCCCAGUAGUAUUGACAAAAAGUUGAACUCCAGCUCCUUUUUGUCUCCUGUGGUUUUGGCCAAAGAACUAGCUUCAGUCUGAAAAGGUCAGGGCUAACCGGUUAGAAGGAGUUGAAGUUCAAGAUAAGAUAAACAAGGGAAUAAGAGUGCUGAGCUGCUCUAAAAUUCUCCAGGUUUCCUGACCCUGGUGAGUAACAGCUAGCAUACCAACGGCUUUCCCAAGACUAUUGAGCUCUUAGUGGAAGGAACUGAAAGGAAAAUGGAGGAAAUACCAGAAGACAAAAGGAGAUAGAAGUCCAAGAACCGAAGGAAACUAGUUUCCACAAGUCCGCACCAGGUGUGUGAUAAUUGGUCAGGGACUAGGAACUGAUAGCUGACGAAAGCCAAUAAAUAGGAAUGUUGUGAUCCCUGGGGUAUAAUAGAUGUUAUGAAUUCAGAACAAAUGGUGCCAAACUAGCCUCCUAGUCUGAUUUUCUUAACAGAUUAGAUAAAAUCUGGACAUGGUAACAUCAAAGCAUUAGGGAGAUAGAGAAGUUGGUCACUGGCCACCAACUCUCAGACUACAAAUUGGCCUAUUGUGGAAUGGCUUAUGCUGUGCCCCAGGGCUCUGUCCUUGGCCCCUCCUUUGAUAUUAAUGACAGAUGAGGGAGUUUUUUUUAAUGCCUUACCCAUUCCAAAAGGAUCUGAGGCCAUUUAUAAGAGAAACCCUACUAGAUAGGAGAGAUGCUGAUCAGAUUUUUAGAUAACAGGAACCCCUGGGAAGGAUGACAACUUAGGAUCCAAACAAACAAUGUCCAUAAGCUGUAAAAAUGGGCAGAAUUUAAAGGUAAGAUUGUUUCAAAACCCAGAUUGAUGAGUAUGAAGAAAGUUAAGGAUUGCAGAGUGCUGUGCUCUUAACAAUUCUGCGUGCAAGUAAUAAGUGUUUAUGAUGAACUGUUAACGUGUCUUCACUAAACUCCAGUGUAGUCCUGGCUGGGGUAGUAGAAACAGGUUGUGUAAGAUCAUUUCAGCCUUCUGUGCCUGUCGGCAAUCCUAGAGUGCUGUGUUCCGUUACGGUGCUCAAGCAAGAGGCUCCCUGACCGACGGCGAGCCCAGCUGCAAGAGGAGAACCGAGAACUGGAGGGCCUAAGCUGCAUCAAGGGGAAGAAACGUGAAGGAGCUGAGAAGACUCAGGGAACACAGGACACUGCUUUGGAACAUGAAAGGGUUGUCCAGUGAAAGAUACACUUCUCACCCCAGCCAGGCAGACCUGUGGUCAAUGAGUAGUUAAUAAACUCCAAGCCAAAUUCUGGCUA